UCGAUCACAAAACCACGGCUCUUGUGCCAUCCCAAAGUCUUGAUUUUAGCUCAGUGGGGCAUAUGAGGUACUGUAUAUUAAUAGGAGGGUAUAUGUGUGAAGAGUUCUUUGUACUCGUGUAGACGAGAAGCGAGACGCCGGAAUCGGACCAUUCUUGCGCAUAACAUAAAAGGUCCCUUUUAAUGUGGUAGCGGUGUCAUCUCUAUAUCCGAAACCAUGGAGGUAUUGGAUAUCCUAAAUCUGGGUGAAUUUGCCCAAUAUUUUUCAAAAAUGGCUAUGUUUCCAGUUUUUGAUCUCGCGUAUUACAUCGUGUCCAUACUCUACCUCAAGUAUGAACCGGGUGCUGUGGAAGUGUCCCGCAAAAGUCCUGUGGCCUCAUGGUUCUGUGCUAUGCUCUACUGCUUCGGGAGCUACAUCCUAGCGGACAUCAUGCUCGGCCACAGCCCAAUUGACUCAUUCAGUAACAACAACCACAUCCUCCUGGCCUCUGCUGUCUGGUAUCUCAUCUUCUUCUGUCCCCUUAACCUGUUCUACAAAUGUGUGGCAUUCCUGCCCAUCAAGCUUGUGCUGGUGGCCAUGAAGGAAGUCGUGCGCACUCGCAAAAUCGCUGCUGGAGUACACCAUGCACACCAUGCCUACCACCAUGGCUGGUUUAUCAUGGUCAUCACUGGCUACGUCAAGGGGUCAGGAGUGGCUCUCAUGUCAAAUUUUGAGCAGCUGCUGCGUGGAGUGUGGAGGCCAGAGACCAAUGAAAUUCUCAAUAUGUCAUUCCCAACCAAAGCCAGUCUGUAUGGAGCCAUUUUGUUUACACUUCAGGAGGUGCAUUGGCUACCUGUAUCUAAGGGCACCCUCAUCUGUUUAUUCACUCUUUUCAUGGCUACUUUCAAGGUUAUUAUGACUGCUCGUCACUCUCAUGGAUCACCCUUCACCUUCAUUGAGUCGUGGACGUGCCACCUGCUGUUCAGCUCUCCUCUUGAGGCUGAAGAUGCCCACCACCACCAUCACACUGCACCGAUGGCUGUUCCUGCCCCUGCUUCUCCAGCCAAGACCAAGGAGGACCUGAGUGAAGGCACUCGCAAGAGGAAGUCCAAGAAAGCAGAGUAGAUGCCUGGCUAAUUGUUAAAAGACCCAAACACCUCCAACCAACUACUUGUGUCUCAAGUCCCCUCUCAGGCCAUUGUUUUGAUACAAAGGUUUCCAUUUCUCAUUCGGAAGGAGAGGGCGUAUGAUGUUACCCAGUGCCAGUUUCUUUUUUUCCCCAUGGUGCUUCAAAUGACCGGUACUAUAUAAGGACUCUGUAAAUAGCUUGUCAAUAUUUCCCGCUAAUAUGUGGCAAGUGUACGUGUCUAUUUAUUAUGUUGUUUUUCAUUGGUGGAGCUCCAUCCUUCUGUCAGCUAAAACGUGUACUGAUGUACCUUAUAGACAUUAAGACACUGGAUUAAUGAGCCCAAUGAAGGGUGAAUCUGUCCCUGGCCAUCUACAUGCAACAAAUCACACUUGAGACAAUGCGAGGAAUCUGAAUGAACCGCUGAGGUGCUGACAUCAAUUCUACUGUAUGAGGCAGCUUUUUGAUGUCAUACUUCAUUUGACAACACGAUAUUUUCAAAAAUAAAUAUAUUUUCAAAUCAGAA